AUGCUCUCCCUGCUGCUGCUCGGCCUGCUGGCCCAGUCAGCCCGCUCUUCGCCCGCCCCCCGCGCCGCGCCGUCCCCGGUGUCCGUCUCGCUCGGCGGGGUGACCUACAUCAACCAAGGGCUCGUCGCGUUCGGCCUCAUUCCAUCGAAUGCGACAGAGUCGACGGGCGACACCCUCGGCGGGCUCGGGAGCGCGGUGGCCGUGAAGCCCGGCACGUGGCGCAUGCAGGCCGACGGGACAUAUGCGGGCACGCUCGUCGUGCAGCCCGACCGCGGGUUCAAUGUACUGACAACCAUUGAUUAUCAAGCGCGGCGACACGAGCUGUCCUUUGUUCUUUCCCCAUACACCGGCUCUGCCGCGCUGUCCUUCGCAGACGCGCAGAAGACACUCAAGCUUACAUAUCUCAACACCACCCUUCUCUCCGAGCGGAACGGAACCAAAACGAGCGGGCUCGACCCUCAGGCCAUCCGGGCCGCGGACCCCGGUUUCGGAGCGGCGGACCCGACCGCAGACCCGCAGAUGCCGAUCGCCAGCCUGAACGAGCCGCAUCUGAGUGUCGACGCGGAGGGAAUCGUAAUCAAUGCGGACGGGACAUAUUGGCUGAGCGACGAGUAUGGCCCGUACAUCUACCGCUUCUCGGCGGCCGGGCAGCUAUUGCAGACGAUCCAGCCGCCGGAGGCGAUCCUCCCGCUCAGCAAGAAGGGCAAGCUGAACUUCACGUCGGAGGAUGAUCCGGACACGGGCCGGGGGGCGAACCAGGGCUUUGAGGGCUUGACGUUGGACCCGCUGACGAAUACGCUCUACGCGAUCCUGCAGUCGGGCACGAUCCAGGACGGCGCGGCGCAGUUCACGCGGCUGUUAGCGUAUGAUGUGAGCCAACUGGACGUUGCUGUGCCGCUGAUCGGCGAGUGGGUUGUACCCCUACCGGUGAGCAGCGGGGGCAAGGUGCGUAGCACGAGCGAGCUGCACUUUGUCAGCCCGGGUGUGUUCCUCACGCUUGCGCGGGACGGCAAUGGCCACGGCGGGAGCGGGACGGACGUGAAGUACAAGCACGUGGACCUUUUUUCGAUCGCCAACGCAACCUCCAUCGCGCACACCGACUUCGACUCCGCCGCUACGCCCGUCGCGCCAAAGGCCAAGCUCGCCAAGGGCGUCACUGCUGCUGCCUACGCGUCCUUCCUGGACAUCGCCGACCCCGCCGGCCUCGCGCGCUUCGGGCUGCACACCGGCGACCCGGACGACCGCACGCUGAUCAACGCCAAGUGGGAGGGCCUCGCGCUCGCCCCGGCCGGCGUGCCCGGCGCGCCGGACGACUAUUUCUUGUUCGUGGCGAGCGACAACGACUUUAUCAGCACGCAGGGCGUGUCGCUCGGCGUGCCGUUCGACGCGGGCGAGGAUGUCGACAGCCAGUUCUUGGUGUUCCGGGUGACGCUGCCUGGGGCCGCGGCGGGGGUGAAGGCUGCGUUGGGGCUGUAG